AUGCCGCGGGUGCUGUGUGUUGCAGAAAAAAACUCCAUUGCAAAAGCUGUCGCUGGGAUUUUGAGCGGUGGAAAUUCAUCUAGACGUGAUAGUCCCAGCAAGUAUAUAAAAAACUAUGAUUUUAGCUUUGAUUUUGCGUUUGCAGGGUCGAGCGAGGUGACAAUGACGUCGGUGGCCGGCCACCUGACGGGGUUGGACCUGGAUCAGGCGCAUGGAUGGGGCAAAUGCCCCAUUCCACAGGUCUUCGAUGCUCCCAUCGUGGAUAUACGCACAAAGGACCAGGAGAAAAUGGCCAGCAAUAUCAAGCGGGAAAGUCGCAAUGCAGACUUUUUGAUGAUUUGGACGGAUUGCGAUCGGGAGGGAGAAUAUAUCGGGUGGGAGAUCGUCCAAACAGCAUUACAAGCGAACGGCGCGCUUCGCAACAAUGUGUAUCGGGCCACAUUUUCGCAUUUAGAAAGUCGCCACAUUCUGAAUGCAGCUCGAAACCCAAACCGACUGGACCAGCGUGCUGUAGACGCGGUUCGGACCCGGAUGGAGGUCGAUUUGAGAUCCGGGGUGGCUUUUACGCGGUUCUUGACAGAACUGUUAGGAUCCAAGAUCGAACGUGAUUUGGGGGGGCCCAAGCCUAACCAACAGCGGCCAAUUAUUUCGUACGGUACGUGCCAAUUUCCCACGCUCGGAUUCGUCGUCGACCGGUUUGAAAGAAUCCGGAAGUUCGUAUCUGAAGAAUUUUGGUAUCUUGUUCUCACGCUCUCCACCGGUUCCAAUAAGACCACAUUUCAGUGGGAAAGAGGCCAUCUUUUUGAUCGUCUUGCCGUAGCAGUGAUCUACGAACUGUGCAUCGAAAGCUCGCGAAACCUUGCCAAGGUGGUUAACCUAAAAUCGAAACCAACCUCGAAAUAUCGGCCCUUCCCGCUAACGACAGUGGAGCUACAAAAAAAUUGCUCCCGGUAUUUCAAAAUGAGCGCCAAAGUCUCGCUAGAAGCAGCCGAGAAACUGUACCAGAAGGGUUACAUAUCAUACCCCAGGACCGAAACUGACAAUUUCCCACAAGCGAUGGAUCUGCGAGCGCUGGUACAGCAACAAACAUCAGAUAAUCGCUGGGGUACAUAUGCUGGAAAUUUGCUCAAUGACGAAGGCCCGAAUCGAUUCCAAUGGCCUAGGUCCGGAAAACAUGAUGAUAAAGCCCACCCUCCUAUUCACCCGAUUGUAAGCGCAGGUGCUGGAUUAGACGACGAAAACCAAAAGAAGGUAUAUGAAUAUGUCACCCGACAUUUUUUGGCGUGUUGCUCCGAAGAUGGUAAGGGACAUUCCACCACAAUGACAUUACAAUGGGGCCCUGAGUUUUUCAACGCCAACGGCAUUGUUGUACUCGAGAGAAACUUUCUUGACGUUUACGUUUACAUGAAGUGGGAUUCCACUCAGGAGCUUCCGAAUUUGAAUGUUGGGCAAAGCGUUGAAUUGUCAUCCUAUCUGAUGAAAGAUGGUCAAACUUCUCCACCCAACCAGAUGACUGAAAGUGAGUUAAUUUUGCUAAUGGAUGCAAAUGGAAUAGGUACUGAUGCUACGAUUGCCGAACAUAUUGAGAAAAUACAGCAAAGAGAUUAUAUCAAGAAGAAAAAACUUAACAAACAAACGUAUCUUAUUCCAACAACGUUAGGAGUCUCUUUAGUUCAUGGGUUCGAGGCUAUCGGUUUAGAAGAUUCUUUUGCCAAACCAUUUCUUCGACGCCAAAUGGAGAUUGACCUGAAAUUGAUAUGUGACGGUCUUAAAAACAGGAACGAGGUCGUGAAUGAUUUUAUCACCAAGUACCAAGACUACUAUGGCUUGACCAAUACAAGGCAGAACAAGCUUAUCGAAACAUAUACCGAUAUCAAGUCGAUAAUGUAA